CGAAGAUCCCCCGAAGCUCUCUACCAAGCUCACCAGGGCUCUAUACCGCAAGUUGCAACAGAGUCCCUGUACCUGGGUGGCCUACACCACUUCUCGAAUAAGUGCAGCCAGAUUCCCAGAUACCUACAACGCCUCUUUCCAAGAUCCCAUUCCUGCUGAGAACCUUGAGAUUUCGGCAGGCGAUUCGGUUGUAUCGAUCUCAACUGGUGCUAGUGCUUCGGGAACUGAAAAGUCUCAGCCAGGUGACAUGACUCUGCGACCGUCAUUCCGUUCUAGGGGUAACCCCUCUAAAGCUGCCAGUGCUUCUCGUGGAAGCGACAGGAACCAAGGAGGAUCGUUCCUUAUCUCAAUGAAGGAAGUUUUGGACGACGGAGGAUCCAAACCUGUUGUCGAGACUGCUCCAACUGAGGUUGUAGCUCAGGAUGCUGCUCCUCUCCCUGAGGUCCAGGUGCCGGAGGCUGACUACCAGGCUCCGAAGGGUACCUCUGAGAUCGAGCCGUCGAGACACAAGAGGCCCAGGAUCGAUCAGGGCGGGGCUUCCAUCCGUUCUUCUUCCUCGUCCUCUAGAGGAGGGACUGUUGGGUGGAGCUUUACCCAUUCGAAGCCUGGGUCGAUCCUGGAUGACUCUUGGGGCCUAGCUGCGAUAAUGAGGCACCUGAAGAGCGUGGGAUGUCCCCUUCCAGCGCUCAAGGACCUGACUAACCGAGAUGAGUAUCUCGAUAUUGCCCACUGUAUGGGUCAGUUGGCUGGGGCUGUUAACAGGGCCCAGCUCAGGUUUGAGAAUGCUCUGUGUGCUGCCCCCAAUGCUGGUGAACUUGCUGAGGUUACCGAGAUGGUUAAGGCAGCCAAAACCGAUCUUGACCAAGCCCGGGUUCGAAUUUCUGAACUCGAAGCCGUAGUGACGAGGCUAGGCUCGAAGGCCGAUGCUCAGCAAGGAGAGAUCGAGAGUCAAAAGCUCGAUAUCCAGGUGAAGAGCAGGAGGAUCAAUGAUUUAGAGGCUGCUCGAAAGAUAGCUGAGCAUCAAGUACGUGAGCUCAUUGCCUCAUCCCGGGAUAGCCAUAGCCAGAAGAACAAGGAAGCUGAAGUCAAGCUGGCUGUCAGGGAAGGGAAGAAAGAAGUCGCCGAAGCUUACGGCAAGAUCCUGGUCUGUGUUAAGGAGAAGUUUGCUAGGAAGAAAGAUGAGGUCGACGCAUCGGUGUACGCUCAGGAGCUCCAAGCUAAUGCCGACCUCUUGAAGGAUAUGCUGAACAACAAGAUCCAAAGCGUUGAAGAGGAGUACAACCAAUUGGUGGCCUUAUUACCAGAAGCGACAACUGCGUAUGAGAAGGCUCAAGUCUCUGACUUCUCGGUCAGCAAGCUUCCUCUUCCCCAGAUCUCGGAGAGUUCAGCUCCAGUCGAGGCAGCAAUAGGAGGUGACGGCAAUGUGAUCGAUGAGGGAGUUCCUGCCGGUGCUGGUGAUCCGAUUCAGGAAGAGAAGGAAGAUUGAGAGCUACG